GUUCACAAGCUGAGUCAAGUCAGCAGCAAGGCAUAGAGGGGCUGAGGCUGUGCUUGGCAAUAUUUGAGUGGCUGGAGAUUCAAGUUCAGCCGUUACCUACUUUGCUUUCUUGAAUCUCUUUGAACUGGAACAACAUAAAAGAAAUAAAGUUCUGUCCUUAGGAUUUAGCUGAAAAUCCUCUUCUAAUGUGAGAAGCAAAAUAGACUACCCAUUUUGACUCCUCAAGCUGAAUGUGACUUUUACUCAGGAUUUUAAACCAUCAGUUGACUUGAAUAGAGAAAGUAACUCUAAAGCAUCAAGAAAGAACAAUCUGAAAUAAGAAGAUCAAUAUGGCCAUGCCAGAGAAAUCAAGUUGUACUAAACCAAGUGAAGAUUUCAGUCAUUUUCCUGAGAUUAUUGAACUCAACGUGGGUGGUCAGGUGUACAUUACUCGCUAUCCUACUUUGGUCAGUGUUCCUGGCUCCCUGCUCUGGGAAAUGUUCAGUGAAAAGAAUCCUUGCUCCCUAAUCCAGGACAACAAAGGGAGAUUCUUUGUAGACCGAGAUGGUUUCCUCUUUCGCUAUGUGCUAGACUACAUGAGAGACCGGAAACUGGUGCUUCCUGACCACUUUCCAGAGUGUGGUCGGCUCCAGAGAGAAGCAGAAUACUUUAAGCUACCAGAGUUAGUGAAGAUGUUGGCUUCUAAAAUCAACAAGAUCAACUCAGUUGGCAAUGAUCUAUGGCAAAGUGAUCUAGAAGAGCUUUCCACCAACAUUAACAUCACAUGUAAUCUCUCUUCAAGUAAUAACAUCCAUGUUAGUGGCCCUGAUAACCCCCUAGCUCUGACAGCAAACAAUGGUUCUGAUCCCAAGAAGGCAGGUUUCAUCACUAUUGGCUAUCGAGGCUCCUAUACUCUGGGUCGGGAUAGUCAAACAGAUGCCAAAUUCCGCCGCGUGGCCCGAAUCAUGGUGUGUGGUAAGAUAUCAUUGGCCAAAGAAGUAUUUGGAGAUACUCUAAAUGAGAGCAGAGACCCUGACCGUCCUCCUGAGCGGUACACUUCUCGAUAUUACCUCAAAUUUACCUUUCUGGAACAAGCCUUUGAUAAACUAGCUGAUGCUGGCUUUCACAUGGUAGCAUGCAAUUCCACUGGCACCUGCACUAUCACCCAUGACCAGACUGAUGACAAGAUCUGGACCUCUUACACUGAAUAUGUUUUCUGCCGGGAGUGACACUUAAAAAAAUCAUCCAGAAAAUACAAACCAAACAGACAACUCUCUCUCCCUUGUCUGUUCCUGUGCGAACUAUCCCUUUUAGAAAUAAGCACAUUAAUUUUGGAUAUACAAAUCUUGGGCAAUGCCACUCCUUUCACCAUAGCCAGUUGAACCUUUUUUGGUAACUUUCUUCUUACACAUUCUAUUCUAUCUGGCUUCCAGCCUGCCUUGGAUUGUGGAGUUGGAUGUCAUUUCAUGAAAAGUAUUCAAUGUGUAGGCAUAUGUGCAUGCACAUCGCUAUAAAUAGUAGGGAUGUAUUUGAUGAGUGAAUGCAGUUAGAUAAACCCACAGGAUUUAUUUAGUUAGCUGAGAAAUGCUAAGCCAUGGUUUCCAAACUAGUUCUCAGCACUACAUCUUGGAAUUGCUUAUAUACCUUGCUGUUUGUACUCUCCUAAGGAAAGCUCCAUGUAUACUUAUUCUGAACUAGAGACCCUUGCAGUAAAUAUGCUUUGUAAACUGUUAUUGCUAUUCUUUUUAUCCAGAUGGAAUGGAAGAAAUUGGCAAGCAUCCUCCAGGAGGUUCAUAGAAAGGUCAACCAUUUCUACAAUUAUUAAUUAUUCUUAUUAGAAGAUGGAUGUAAAAAAAGCAGCCAACAUAAAUAAUUACUGCCAAGAAUAAGAGGCUUAGCACUUAAAUUGCCUUUACCUGAAAAGGAGAGUGAGGGUGAGCAUUAUGACUAUUACACAGGCAUAAGCAGGUAUGCCACUUUAAAAGACUGCAUCAAAAUAUAUUUUUUAUUUAUUAGAAUUGAAAUACAAGAGCAUGUAGCUAAGGGAAGGUUAAGCAAAGAAUUGCUUUCUACAAAUACAUAUAUAUAGUAGUAUGGUUUUCACUGUGUCAAACAAUUGGAUGUAUGCCAAUUGUUAACUUUUGCUAGACUACAUGUGUGUGUCUGGGGUGGGAAUGGGAGAAGGAAGAGGAGGAAGAUGAACAAAAGGAGAACUUUUAAAAAAAGAAAUAAAAAUGUAUCUUCUGACAUCCCCACUAAUGACUUUUAUUACAUAGGUUGAAAGAAAAACCCUCAUGAGACAAGUCAAGAAAAAUAAACUUUGAGGGCUAAUUUUAAAAAAUCUUUAUCUCCUCUGAACAGCUCUACAGCAAUCCAAUGAUCAAGUGGCCUACUGAUUCCUUUCUUUCUUCCCUGAUGCCUUAUAUUUACCCCAUGUCUCUGUUGUACUUAUUAUUUUUUGAUUUAUUUUCUAGUCGGGACUCAGGGUUGCAAGGAACUAAAACCCAUUCAAUGUGUCUUGAGAAAAAUAAAAAGAGCAUGUGUCAGG